GGAGCGCGGCUCUCCGCCUCUCUCUUUCCUCGGCGCGGGGCGUCACGCGUUGAGCUUCCUGGGUGACUCGCGGGCGGCGGCGGCGGCGGCGCAGCGGAUCGGGCCGGGAGAGGCGCCCGCCGCGGGUCCGCCCCGCCAGCCGCCGGGAGCCCCUCCUCGCCAGGCGGCCCGGCCCGGCCCGGCCCAGGUUUUGGAAGUAGCCCGAAAAGGUGAAUUCCAGAACAAAUGUGAUGCGUGGAGGCUUCUCGUUCCAGAUGCCCGUGGCCCCCCGGGUCGAACGGCCACCUCGUACUGGAGACUUCUCUACUGGAGGGACAUGCAAGAGAACUACGAGACUCUGAUCUCUCUGGCAGAAGAGAUGGCCAUCACCCUGCCCCGAAUCACUGCACUAGCUGAGCCCCACCGGAGAGGGUUGGCAUCAGGAUUUCCACUUUCUAAAUCUGAUCUGCUCUCCUGGAUGGAUCGAGAAGAUUCAUGGAUUCCAGAACUUCAGGGAUGUGAGGACAGGGCGAUGCCAACUCAUAUAAGCCCAGGGGAUGAAUUGCGAGGAAAGAAUGAACCUGUUCCUCCAGCAGUAUUUCCUAGCAAAACAGAUCUACAGGAGGGGGAUGUCCUAGAAAGGAAUCUAAUGGAGGCAGAGAGCCAACCAUCAGGGACAGGGCUGAGGGGCUCCCGAACAGACGGAAAGGAGCAGCAAGAGAAACCCCUCCCACAGACAAUGGUUGCUUCCAAUCCCCAGAUGUCCCUGAGGAAACCACCAGCCCAUGGCAAGAACCAUCAGUGCCCUGAGUGUGGCAAAAGCUUCAGCCAGAAGUCCAACCUUCUCCGGCACCAGAGGCUGCACCUGGACCAAAGACCCCACAAGUGCGACCAGUGUGAUAAAAGUUUCUCUGAGGCCGAGGCCCUGGCCACGCACCACAAAGGCCACGCAGGCAACAAGCCGUACAAGUGCGAGGAAUGCGGGAAAAGUUUCAGCUGGACCUCGCACCUGGAACGGCACCGGCGGAUCCACACCGGGGAAAAACCAUUCCAGUGCAAGGAGUGUGGGAAGGCCUUCAGUGUUGGAUCGCAUCUGGAGAGGCAUCGGCGGAUCCACACCGGGGAGAAGCCCUAUCAGUGCAAAGAGUGUGGGAAGAGCUUCAGCGUCAGCUCCACCCUGGUCCAGCACCAGAGGACUCAUGCGAAUGACAAACCCUACCAGUGCGAGGACUGUGGGAAGGGCUUCACCCUUGGAGCCAACCUGGUGGCUCACCAGAGGAAACAUCUGGGCCAGAAGCCCUAUGAGUGCCCCGAUUGCGGGAAGAGUUUCAGCUUCACAUCUCACCUAGAGAGACACCAGCGGAUCCACACGGGGGAGAGGCCCUACCAGUGCCCUGACUGUGGGAAGAGUUUCAGCCGCAGCUCCCACCUCUACAGGCAUCAGAGAAUCCACACGGGUGAGAAGCCACACCAGUGCACAGAUUGUGGCAAAAACUUCUACCUCAGUGCGGCCACCCUCCACCACCUCCAGACAUCCCCAGCCCGGAGCAGGGAUCCCACCAAAUGCACUGAAUGUAACCGCAAGCGGAUGGCCCCACAGCCUCCGCCCCCUCCCCCUUCUCCCCCAGUGUGUACCGAGAAGCCCUAUAAAUGCCCUGACUGUGGGAAAGGAUUCGGCCAGAGUUCGUCACUGGUGAAGCACCGGCGGAUCCACACAGGAGAAAGGCCGUAUCAGUGUCUGGAGUGUGGGAAGAACUUCAGCUGGUGUUCGGCCCUGAUCAAGCACAAGAGGACCCACACAGGAGAGAAGCCAUAUCGGUGUGAAGACUGCGGGAAAGCUUUCAGCGUCAACUCCCAUUUGGAAAGGCACCAGCGUGUGCACUCUUCUGACCGGCCCCACAAGUGUGCCGAAUGUGGGAAAACCUACAGGGAACUGGCCUCGCUAGUCAAGCACCAGAAGUCCCACAUGGCCGGGAGCAAGCGCUAUCGGUGCCCUGACUGUGGGAAAAGCUUCAGCUGGAGCUCCCACCUGGAAAGACACCAAAGAGUCCACACAGGGGAGAAGCCUUACCAGUGCAGUGACUGUGGGAAGUGCUUCAGCGUCAGUUCCCACCUGGACCGCCACCGGAGAAUCCACACUGGGGAGAAACCGUACCACUGCGGCGAGUGCGGGAAGAGCUUCAGCGUCAGCUCCACGCUCUUGCAGCAUCAGCGGACUCACUCGAGCGGAAAGCCUCACAAGUGCAAGGAGUGUGGAAAGCGUUUCGUGGCCGGGGCACAGCUGCUCACGCACCAGCGGGCCCACCGGGGCGAGAAACCCUACGACUGCACGGUCUGCGGGAAGAGCUUUGGCUUCGUCUCCCACCUGGAGCGGCACCAGAGGGUCCACACGGGCGAGAAGCCGUACCAGUGCCCCGAGUGCGGGAAGUGCUUCAGCCGCAGUUCGCACCGCAACCGCCAUCAGCACACUCAUGCGGCAGAGGGGUUCCCCAAAGGGCGAUCUGAAGGCCAGAAAGGCAGCUGUGUUUCGACCGAGGCCAAGCACCCCAAGGAGCUGCUGCCUGUUGCUCCUGAUCCUCCUCCUUCUCUCAUGCCCUCCUGGUGGAGUGAGGGGGACAGGAACAGCAUCCCCCCAGCUGCUUCCACGUGGCCCGAGGCUCCACCACCUUUCCAGGGCCUCAUCCCCAAUGCUGUCCCAGCUGGAGGGCUGAGGGGAUGGGGUGGGAAGGGGUUCCUGCCUCCAGAUACAUGGAGGGUGGGGGAAAGCAGCUGUAGAUGGACGUCCCCCUACCCUCAGGAGGGAUGGCCGCAACCUCCCCCAACAUCCUAGCUGCUCAAAGCAAUUUUGUGGGAUGGAUAGGUUGAGGGAAGCAGUGAUCUUCCCUCCACACUCAACAGAUUGGGCAGAGUGCUAAUUUUGUCACAUGGGAGCCAAGGAGAGCUUGUUUGGCCUGGGUUGGGAUGGAAACCUACACGGAUAACAUCUGUCCUACAAGAGAAGGAAGCCACAUUUGUGUUCUUCUGAUGGAGGUUUACAUGGGCCUGGAACUUUUGAUGUGAGGCGUGCUCAGAGUUGCAAUAAUCCUUGGAUCCUCUGCAUUCUGAAGUGGUAGAGUAUUGUUGUAGAGUUCUUGGUACUCUCUGAGCUUGCUUGUUGCUUGCAAACAUCUGCAAGCAAACAUCUGU